AUGACAACACUUAUGAAGAAUUUGGUAUCGCAAACUCCAAGUCAAGCUGCUCCAAUGGAAAAUGCUGGUUGGGUACUUGAAGAUGAUGAAUCUACGAUCGUUGAUGAUAAUGGUUAUUUUGAUAUAUCUAUUCCAUUGAGUAUGAUACUAGGAUUCGCUGAAGACUAUAGACGAAUCAUUGUGAAUGCUAAGCAUGAAUUAGUCCUCACAAGAGGAAAUACUGACGUGAAUGCAAUUAUCCAGCAACCAGCUGUAGGAGUUGCAGCUGAGACAUUUAAACUCUCUCUCGAUAGGGUAGAGUGGAUGAUUCCUUAUAUCAAAGUAGCUGAUUCUAAGAAAAUUAAUUUGUUGAAUUACAUCUCCAAGGAUGCACCUAUUCCAAUUAGUUUCCGAGCUUGGGAAUUAUAUGAGUAUCCACUUUUACCAGCGACCUCUAAACAUGUUUGGGUAGUGAAAUGUUCAACACAACUGGAGAAACCUCGCUACGUCAUUUUAGGAUUUCAAGCUAAUCGCAAAAAUCAAGUUAUAAAAAAUGCUAGUCGUUUCGAUCACUGCAAUAUUCGUGAUAUUAAACUCUUUCUCAAUUCACAAAGUUACCCGUAUGGUAAUUUAAAUCUUGAUAUCACUCAUAAUCAAUAUGCAUUGCUUUAUGACAUGUAUACCAGUUUUCAAAAUUCUUACUAUGGUAAAGAGGCUGAGCCGCUUUUGAGUAGAACUGGUUUUCUAACUUAUGGCCCACUGAUUGUUAUUGAUUGCUCAAAGCAGAAUGAAUAUCUCAAAUCUGGGCCU